GUUCACAGACACAACCCAAAUCAGUGUCGGCGCUUCUACGCUUUCCCUCACUCACACUCUCGCUCGUGACUUUCCCUAAAUCUUCUUCCUGCUAAUAGUGAUCAUAUUUCCUGAUAUAAAAACGAAACCAAACGGAACCCCCACUCGAAGCCAUGAAACUCUCUUCUCUGCUUCAUCAACUUUUUCUCUUCAUUUCGCUUAUUCUUUUUCCGGGAUUCCCUUUGGUUCAUUCCAGCUACCAUGACUACUCUGACGCAUUGUCCAAAUCAAUUCUGUUUUUUGAGGGGCAACGUUCGGGUUUCUUGCCACAAAACCAACGUAUGGGAUGGAGGGCUAAUUCAGGAUUGAGCGACGGUUGGAUGUAUAACACUGACUUAACCGGCGGAUACUACGACGCCGGUGACAAUGUUAAAUUCGGGUUCCCUAUGGCUUUCACGACGACAAUGUUGGCCUGGAGCGCGAUUGAGUUCGGAGAUUUAAUGCCGCCGAAUGAGCUGAGAAAUGCUCUGGUGGCGAUCCGUUGGGCCACUGAUUAUUUGCUGAAAACUGUCUCUCAGCCUAACCGGAUUUUCGUUCAGGUUGGGGAUCCAAAUAUAGACCAUAGCUGUUGGGAGAGGCCAGAAGAUAUGGACACGGCCAGGACCGUUUACGCCGUCGAUGCACCGAAUCCAGCUUCUGAUGUGGCAGCCGAGACGGCAGCAGCUCUGGCAGCUUCGUCCAUGGCGUUCAGAUCAGUAGACCCAGGAUAUGCCGAAACGUUGUUACACAAUGCUGUUCAGAUUUUCCAAUUUGCUGACAAUUUUAGAGGUGCUUAUAGUGACAACUCAAAUAUAAGGGACGGGGUGUGCCCUUUUUACUGUGACUUUAGCGGGUAUCAAGAUGAAUUGCUUUGGGGAGCAGCAUGGUUAAGGAGGGCCUCUCAAGACAACUCUUACCUUAAUUACAUAGAAAACAAUGGCAAAACCCUUGGUGCCGAUGACAAUAUUAAUGAAUUUGGGUGGGACAACAAGCACGCUGGUCUAAACGUUCUUGUCUCCAAGGAAGUGCUAGAAGGAAAUAUGUACUCUCUACAAUCAUACAAAGCCUCGGCUGAUAGCUUCAUGUGCACAUUAAUUCCAGACUCAUCAUCAUCCCACAUUGAGUACACCCCUGGCGGCCUCAUCUACAAACCUGGCGGCAGCAACUUGCAACAUGCGACAACCAUUUCAUUCCUCCUCCUCGUUUAUGCUAAUUACCUCGCUCGCACUUCACAAACAGUCAACUGUGGGAACCUGAUGGCUGGCCCGGGUUCUCUUCGGAUGCAGGCCAAGAAGCAAGUCGAUUACAUUCUAGGUGAUAAUCCAAUGGGAUUGUCGUACAUGGUUGGUUAUAGCAACUAUUUCCCCCAAAGGAUUCAUCAUCGUGGCUCCUCCUUACCAUCCGUAAAGGAUCAUCCUGGAUUCAUCGCUUGCAAGGAGGGUUCGAUUUAUUUUAAUUCAACCAAUCCUAACCCAAAUGUCUUGGUUGGUGCUAUAGUGGGAGGACCUGGAGAAGAUGACGUUUAUGUAGACGAUAGAGCUGAUUUUAGGAAGUCAGAGCCGACUACCUACAUUAAUGCACCAUUUGUUGGUGUAUUAGCCUAUUUUGCAGCUAAUCCCAAUCCUAGCUAGCCCGAAAGCAACUUGCUCUGUACAUAGUCAAUGAUUUUUUUUUUGGUAAUUUUAAAGUAGGAAAAGGUGUCUCUCAUCUUGAGUGAAGCAAAAGAGGCAGAGGCCAGUCAGUUCAUGAAAUUUUUUAAAUACCGAAUCACGAGAACUCCUUGUGACUUUUUAGAAA